CACACACACACACACACUAAAUAUAUAAAAUCCUCCAUUAACAGAGAUGGUGAUCCUUUUGCUUAAACUAUGACGGAGGAAGAGUUAUACACGUUAUACAAGGGGGUCUACCUGUCCUCAUCUGUGUACACGCCGAGAGUCUGAAAUACUUUAAAGAGUUUGUUUUUCGGCCAGAUGAUAUCAUCACCGUGACGUAUCCCAAGUCAGGUACAGUCUGGAUGCAGGAGAUUGUCCCACUGAUCAUGAGCGGAGGAGAUCCAGCACCUGUUGACACUAUUGUUAACUGGAAACGUGUUCCCUGGCUUGAAGCGCAUCAGACCAGCUCCCUCAAACUUGAACAGAGGCCGUCUCCACGACUGUUAACUACACACUUCCAUUACAACAUGAUGCCGUCAUCUUUCUUUGAAGUAAAGCCAAAGGUCAUCUAUGUGAUGAGGAACCCCAAAGAUGUGUUUACAUCGUCUUUUUAUCAUCAUGAGGCGGCCUCCUUCUUGGUAAACCCAGGCCCACAGACCGAGUUCCUCCACAAGUUCCUUGAUGGAAAAGUUAUGUUUGGCUCAUGGUUCGAUCAUGUAAAGAGCUGGUUGAAUGCUGAAGAUAGAGAGCACAUAAUGCACAUCUCCUAUGAAGAGAUGAUAAUGGAUCUGAAGGACGCUGUGGGCAGAAUGGCUCAGUUCCUGCAGAAGUCUCUGGACCAUGAAGCGAUAGAAAAGAUAGCCGACCGAUGUUUGUUCAAGAACAUGAGGAAGAACAACAUGUCAAACUACUCUACUGUUCCUCGUGUAUUCAUGGACCAGACAAAGUCUGAGUUUCUCAGGAAAGGAAUUGCUGGAGACUGGAAAAACCAACUAACUGUGGCAGAAGCAGAGUACUUUGACACUGUUUACAAGGACAAAAUGAAAGAUUUCCAAUACAAAUUUGCAUGGGAGUAAAUAGAAAUAUUUAAGCAAUGCCUUUUCCAGCAUCCAAUUAUGCAAAGAAACCUAUAAGUUAGAUUCAACUCAUUAAAAUGUACAUUUGGUUAUUGAGGUUUGUGGCAGCGGAAGUGCAGAAAGACAAACUCUCAUUAAACUUUUAUUAUUCAAUUUGAAUGUCUUACUGUAGAUGUUUGGUUUCAUGAAUUAUGCAAGAGCAACUUUCUCACUUCUUCAUUCAUCAAUUUAACACUUGUUACACUUGUCGGACCUAGAGGUGUUAACCUUUUUUGUGAACAACUGAUGAUAGAUUUACGAUUAGUCAUGUAUUAUCACAUUCAAGCUAACCGAAUUAGCAGACUUAGAUAUUAGACUGUAGAUAUUUGAUGUAGAAAAACCUCGGAUCGACUUGGCAUUAUAAAAGAAUAAAGUACAUGACCCUAAGGUGUCCUUACUUGAAUAUGUAAGUUUAUAGCAACACAAAUGUGAUAUCACACAUAGUCAUACCAAGAAUUUAAAGUGUCAUUGAAUUCACUUUGCCUUAUAGAGAAUGUAAGAAGAUGUCAAUGACUAAUAAAACAUUUCAACACAA